UGAAACGGGAAACGUUCUGCGACAUGCCGGAUGGAACUUGUCCACCAAUAAAGAUGCUGGUGAGUUCAAUUUUUGCGUACCUUUCCGCACAUUGCUGGGAUUCUGCGAGGACUAUAAACGCGUUGUGAUCAACGCGAGACACGAACUCAUUUUGAUACGAUUGCGCAACGACAACAAUAGCGUCUUUGCUUCGGCUAACAGCGGACCAACGGUGGAAUUGCACAAGGUGCAGUGGCGAAUGCCACACGUUGUGUUAAACGAUGUGAACAAAUUGAAGCUGUUGCGCACUUUGGAAAGCGGUCAAUAUUUAACCAUGGGUUUUCGCUCGUGGGAUCUGUAUGAGUAUCCGCUGUUACAGAGCACAACAUCUCAUUCAUGGGCUGUAAAAGCGGCUACACAAUUGGAAAAACCGCGUUACAUCAUUUUUGCGUUGCAGACCGGUCAAAAGAAUGUUGUCAGCCAUGAUUGCUCGCGAUUUGACCAUUGCAACUUAUCCAAUGUAGAGUUGUUCCUGAAUUCGGAUUUCUAUCCCUACGACGAUUUGAAUCUAGAUUUUGGUAAGGAACGAUACGCCAUUUUGUACGACAUAUACAUCAAAUUCAGACGAUCUUACUACGGAUGCGACGAGGACGAGGCGCUUUUAACGUUGGACAAGUUCAUCUACUGCGGACCGCUCGUAGUCAUCGACUGUUUGCGCCAAAACAAAACGGUCAAGAGCGCCACCGUUGACGUUCGCAUUAAAUUCAACUGCGAAGAAAAUGUACCCACCGAUACAACCGCGUACUGUCUGAUUAUACACGAUCGUAUUGUCUAA